GAGAGAGACGGCAGCUACGGCUUGCUUUGAAAUCAAAGACUUUCAGGACUUUGUCGUCGUAGGAUGUACUGACUCCUUUUUGCUUACGGCCGUAAGCGCGAGGACGUAUUUGACUUCUGGAUUAUUAGUCCUUAUCAAAUGGUUUUCAAUCUAAACCCAAUGCGGAGAAAUGGGUAAACUUCAUUCAAAGCAUGCUGCCAUUUGUAAACCGAGAGAGAGCCCUGAAGGCGAUAGCUUUGUAGUGAAUGCCUGUUUGGCGAGGAAAGGGAUCGACGACUGGAUCAUUAAGCAGAAAUACUACUGCACCGGAUCGCACAUAGAGCAACGGGACAGCCAGCAGAAAACCAUCUGCGAUCUGUCGACAAGAGAAGCCUCGGAUGAGGGCUGCGGUGAGGGGAUCAGCGAAGCACACUGCAGCUUAGAAGUGGCGUUACCUCCGGAGAAGAUGGAGAGCUGCUGCACUCAGGACAAGAUGCAGGAGGACAGGAAGAACCCUGUGCCUGGGGGAGGCAAGAAACAGCUCAAAUUUGAAGAGCUCGAGUGUGCUGUGUCAUUGGAAGACGACAACAGGCAAGAGUGGACGUUCACCCUGUAUGACUUUGAUAACAGUGGCAAGGUCACUAGAGAGGACAUCAGCAGCCUGCUGCACACUAUCUAUGAGGUGGUGGAUGCUUCUGUGAACCACUCCCCCAGCACCAGUAAAACUCUGCGCGUCAAGCUCUCCGUAGCUCCUGACCCCAGCCAGACCUGGAAGAGCCCUCCGCUGCCUGUACCAGAAAACAGCCAUGGCAGACAGAAGAUUGACAAGUAUACCGAAGAUCCUAAAAGUACUGACAAGAAGUCCCGAGCUCCUCUCAGGCGACACUGCAGUGACCAUCAUGCUCAGCCGGGCUGCCUGCGGCACUGUGUGGAUGAGAACCUGGAGCGUCGGAACCAUUACCUGGACCUGGCUGGCAUUGAGAAUUACACAUCCCGUUUUAGCUCCGGCGCAGGCACAGAGCCAGCCAAGGCGGAACCCCAGGCACGGCCAGCCAAUCAGACGCGGUCUCGCUCACACGAGCCGGAGAACGGCCGCUCCUAUUCGCACCAUCGGCGCUCGCAGGCCAUGGAGGGAGCGAGUCAUGGCCCCCCAUCCUCAGAGACCCCGUGCCCCCGUCAGCGCCCCCAGGACCCCAACAAGCACCUAUUACGCUCGCCCAAGAACCACGGGCGGGCGCCCCCUGCUCAGGCCGCCGGGAGGUCCCUGAGGAGCCGGGGGGGCCCUGCCCCAUUGGCGUUGCUCUGCCAGAACCCCCAUCAGCAGCCCUCCGCCCCCCACAAGCGGCACAAGCAGAGGGCCAGGGACUCUCAGCCAGGGUACCGGGCCCUGGGCUCCCUGGGGCUGGCGGGACCCUUGCUGGAGAAGGAGCAGGUCCGAGAGCUGUCGGGGGGGCUGGGCAGCCACGUGGUGCAGAGGCAUGAACAUCACCACCAUCACGAGCACCACCAUCACUAUCAUCACUUCUACCAGUCCUGAUUUGCAAGUCAAACUCUGUAUAAGAUCAACUGGGGGGUGGGGGGGGAUGGCAGCAAGAACUAGCGCCCCCCCACAGAUGGGGUGUGACCGCGCUGGCAAGAUCUUGGGGGUCAGCACCCUUGGCCCUCGUCUUUAGUUCUCCUGGUGGUUGUAAUGUGGUUGCGAAAAGGGCCCAGAGACUUAAGAUAUACCAGUCUGCCCAAAAGUUCUACCGCAAUUGUCUCCCCCUCCCCCCCCCCCAGUAUGAAACCCCAGCAAGUGGGCUUACGGCCUGCUGCUGUGACCAUAUGGGGGCUCUCUGGCGGGGUGGGAGGAAAGCCCAGGGUUGUUGGAGAAACAGGUGAGCCUGGUGACAGCCCAUCCCUGGGAAAGUCCUGCUGUAGGUUUUUUGGGGACAUUAUUGAACCCUUUAGAAGUGAAGGUCACAUCCGGACUUGAACACAAAACGGAGCGUGAGGAUGACGGCCGGAAGGAGCCCCCAAAUAGCUGCUACCUCAGAUAUUAUGAUUGUUAUCACACUUAUUAAUAUUCAGAAGUAAUUUUGAGUAACGUUUUAUGUGCCUCGUUGUGGGUCCCUUUCCCCGUUUCGCGAUCGUGUCGCACCUGUCCUGUAACUAUAGACUCGUGUCAUGGGUGCUGUGAUGAAUUUUAUACACAGGCUUCUAAAUCUCUUACUCUCCUCAAUGCCGACGAAGCUGCUCUUGAAGACCACUUCUUGCCUCAAAGUUAGGUGCAACUAUACAGUCGAACCGUUUAUGACGCCUGACUCUUUCAGUGUUGGAGGCCUCUGCUCAGGUAUUUUUAAGUUCCCUGUGGUUCCCUAUGGCUGAUGUGAGCUGUAUAGUGUCAGACUCCAGUAUUUGCUAUUGUGUUGUUAUUUGUGGGACCGCUGGCCUGCUGUAGCGGGCUGAGCCAUGUUGGACUGCCCAGUGCACCCUUGAGGGACGUCCCACUGACUGAUGGACCCGACCUCGGCUGGCUGCCUGCGACCAGGAGAAUGGUAGCCAGGCCGACAGCUCACCGCUGAGCAGUGCAUGACUGAGGCCUCUCCCGGCUGUCAGCUGUCACCGUUGCCGUCACCGGGUAGCCAUGCAGCAGGCUCUGCCUCUGAUUGGCUGGCAGGGACACGGAAGAGUGUCGCACGCCAGCUGUCUGAUCCCGUCGGUGCUACAAGCCGCCAGGUCCCACAGGCGGCCUCCUGACCGUUCGUGACUCACUCCCGGGGCGGCCCUGUCAUGCGAACCCUCCAAUAAGAACCCAUCCUUCCCUCGUCAGAUAGGGCGUGUGCCAUUGGCACCACCUUCCAUUUAUUAUCGUCCCCAACGCCUGGAUCCAAGCUCUAAAAAUGGACUCUGGGGCUGAAUGGGCCCCCAGCGAGGCCCGCGUUUACGGCGUGCCCCCCGCGGUAUCGGAUGUCCAGCCUCCCAUGGCUUCUAGCGGCAAACAGGUGCGUGGCGAUCCAAGCCAGGUGUGGGGGUCGAGCCGCCGCAGCCGGGACGGAGGCAGGGGUAGAAACACGGCCGUUUCCCCCCCCCACAGGAAUUCCUUGCACGUCCUGCCAUCUGUGAAAGUCGACGGCUUCCCGCAGCUGCGAGCUGUCGGCUGGAGAAACCCCGAUGGGACCCCAGGCACCCCCGCUGGGGAGUCGCGACUGCGGCCCGAUACGGUCUCCAGCCCUUCAGAUGGAAUCUCCCCCCGGAAUCCGCUCUCAUUUAUUAAUAGCUGUUAUGGAAAAAUGUUAAACAAAGCACCUCCAUAACACACCAUCAUUGGGGGGGGGGUCAUGGCUGCCACUGGGUGGUUGAUGGUUGAUAAAUUGGAAGGAAACCAGAGCUUCUGAUCAGCAGGGUGCAGGACUAGGAGAACUGGCCGCUCUUUGGCUCAGGGCCGUCGUCACUGUGUCCGCAGUCUCCCUGAGCUUCGUCCCACUGGGUUGGACAGGGUUCAGGAAGUAUCUAAAUGUCAGCUGUUCUGUUACAAACCGGUGAGCUUUCACUCAGAAGUUCUCGAUCUUCUCAUCAUCAUCUCAGAUCAUUCAUUCAGGGGUUAAACUGACGUGACGCAUAGGUACGGCCAAGGUUGGAGUCUCAUGGGACCCUGAGGGAUUUGAAGCAGACUCCGCUGUACCCAUGUUCCCAUAAUACAACGAGCCCUCAUGGUCUCAUGGAAAAAAGCCGAGCUUGUGUUUUCAUGCUGAGAUAUUGUACUGUUACCUUGGUAAAUACUUCACAAAACCCCCAAUAAUCUUUCAGAUGUACACCACCACUGAUUUAGGUUAACCUGCGUUUAUGUAACUACAAUUAAAAAAAAAAGCUAAUGUAAAUACUGUAUUUGAAGCACUGUGGAAAGGAUGUUCACGAAUCUUGUAAGAAGUAUAAGCUUAUUUAUAUUAAUAAAAUAACAGAUGCUGUGUAUGCAGUCCUGUCA